AUAGUCUUUGGCUUCGAGUUGGCUUUGGUUCUCAGUAUCGCGAUCCCGUUUCAGUCGCGCGGAAGCAGUCGACCGUUGCACGUGUUCACGGACCGAUUGACAGCCGCCAUCAUCUAUGGGUUACCAGUACCCAUUUAUACAUCUGGACACUUUGAAUUGACCUCGAGAAAAUGGAAAUGCAUAAAAACCCCAAUGCAAAAAAAAAUUCUUUGCAUGGUGAUGUGAUGACACUAAAAGAACCUCAUAGAAAUGGCAGUACAUAUGGUGCCUUUCAAUCAAAAGAUCCUAUUUUGGCAAUGGAAAAGGCUUCCGAAAUAGAAGAUAGAAGUGAGCAUGGAAUUUCUGUUCAUCAUCCAACCUCGUACUUAGAAACAAUGAUGCACCUGUUCAAAGGUAACGUCGGUUCGGGAAUCUUUGCGUUAGGGGAUGCUUUCAAGCAUGCUGGACUACUGCUAGCUCCUCCACUUACCAUGUUUCUUGGGAUUAUUUGUGUUCAUGCUCAACACAUUCUUAUUAAAUGUAACGAAGAAGUGACGCGUCGUGUUAAUGAUCCGAAUGCUACGACUGGAUUUGCUGGUACAGUAGAAUUGUGCUUCGCCACUGGUCCUCUCUCACUCCGAAAAUACUCUGUGUUUAUGAGAAAAUUGGUUAAUAUAUUUUUAUGUAUUACGCAACUUGGAUUUUGCUGUGUAUAUUUUGUUUUCAUUGCGAAGAAUAUGAAACUGGUGAUGGACGUAUAUGGAAUUGAGAUGGAUGUUCACCAACACAUGGCUGUCAUCCUAAUUCCUAUAAUGCUGAGCACAUGGAUCAGAAAUCUAAAAUACCUAGUGCCUGUUUCUUCGAUGGCGAAUUUUCUGGUUAUAGCUGGCUACAUUGCUACUAUGUACAUAAUGUGCAACGAUCUACCAUCGAUUCAUGAGAGGCGAUAUAUUGCCGAUUGGCAUGAUUUGCCUUUGUUUUUUGGCACUGUGAUAUAUUCUUUUGAAGGUAUCACUUUGGUUUUACCUCUGAAAAAUGAAAUGAAGAAACCGAGUAAUUUCAGUAAACCACUCGGAGUUUUAAAUGUUGGAAUGGUGAUUGUCGGUGGAAUGUUUGUCGCGAUGGGUUUUAUAUCUUAUUUAAAAUAUGGUGAUGCAGUAGCUGGAUCCGUAACGUUAAACCUUGAAUCUAAGGAAGUAUUAAAAGCAUUAACAGAAGGGAAUCUUGAUCCAUCCUUGAUAUUAAAAUUAGAAGAAGAGAAACGGCAGCAACAAAGAGAAGAAGAACUAUUGAAAAUAAAAGAAAAACAUCUUUUAGCAUUGUUAACUCGCGAGAAUGCUUUUAUUGCAAAAAAAUUGUUAUUAAAUGAUAUUAAAGCCCACGCAGAAACAGUACGAAAAGAGGUUGAUUGGAUUAUGUUAAGUACCAGCACCGCAAAUCGAUUUGUACGAUAUGAUUAUUUACACGAUUAUGAUAUUUCCAAUUUAAAAUUUGCUGUUAUUGGUGGAUCUGCAUUGAAUCGAGAAAGUCAAGAUAUAAUAAAAAAAUAUUUAUCAAAUACUAUGAUUAUACAGGCAUACGGCAUGACAGAAUUAGGUGGUAUAAUUACCAUACAAUCAUCAAAUGCUACAAGUGGUUCUUGUGGUAUUGUGAUUCCAAAUUGCCAAAUAAAAAUUAUAGAUACCGAAACAGGAAAAACACUUGGUCCGAAUCAAACUGGCGAGCUGUGUGCAAAAACGUGGACGAUGAUGACAGGAUACUAUAAAAAUCCUGAAGCUACUAAAGAUAUAUUUGAUAAAAAUGGAUGGUUACAUUCUGGUGAUUUAGCUUAUUAUAAUGAAAUCGGAGAAAUUUUUAUUGUAGAUAGAUUAAAGGAAAUUAUUAAAUACAAAGGAUAUCAAAUAUCACCGAAUAAAAUAGAAAAUCUCUUACAAUCACAUCCUGCAGUUUUAGAAGUGGGAGUAGUUGGCAUACCUCAUUCUAUUUAUGAUGAACUUCCUAUUGCUUUCAUCAGUAAAAUACCUAAUAAAGAAGUUUCUGAAGAAGAAUUAUCGAAAAUGGUUGCUAACAAUAUGAUGGAUAUCUACAAAUUACGUGGUGGUAUAAAAUUUUUACCAAGUUUACCACAUACUCCUUCGGGAAAAAUUUCAAGAAAAAAAUUGAGGGCGAUGGCAAAAGAGUUAAUUAUCAAUUAAAUUAUGAAAGUAUUAGUUACUUUUAUUGUAACAUAUAAAUGAAUAUAUAUUUGUUAUUGUAUGUAUAAUAUAGUUUAUUAAACUAUCAAUAUGCUUCUGCA